UCCUCCUGAAGUCCUGGGCUGGGAUUACGGGACAGGCUGACUUUGCCUGCGACAAAAAGCCUUUUGUCCUGGGGAGUAAAUACGGAAGUCCAGAAGAGCAGCCUACCUGCCCAUGUGUAGUAAGGUGUGCAGCCUCAGCUGCUUUGGGGCACAGAGUUGCCAAGACUUAACAAGUUGCCCUGGGCACGCCGGCAUCCAGCAAACCGGAAGGGAGGACGCUUGUGACCUGAAAGAGACCAAGUGUGUUCUCUGAGCUGCUGAAAACCUGGCUCCCUCCCCGGUCCUGUCGCUCCCUGUCCUGUAAGUCAAGAGCAGAUGGAGCGGAUAAACUGAGGGAGCAGGGCAGGUAACACAAGGCAGAACUUGUGUCAAGGGCACUGCGGGGACAUGGAGGAGGUUGGUAACUCUCUCAGCAGCAGAGAUGUGCUGGACCCAGACAAAUCCGAAGCCGGACUUGAGAUGGCUCAGUCGAUCCUGAGUAAAUUCUCUAUGAAAUCCCUGUUUGGAUUUACAAAUAAAUUGGACUCCUUGGAUCCCGAAGAAGAGGAAGAUGCUGUGCUGAAGGCAUUUCGCAGUUUAGAGGUGGAUCCCACUACUGAGCGAGGUGAUCCCAGUAGAGGCUCAGAUCGGCCACAGGCAGAGGCUCCAGUUCCACCUGAUCUUAAAAAUGAUGGGAAAUCAACAAGGGCGGAGACAGGAGCCGAGGGAAGUCCCGGGAAAGCAAAUACCGCUUCCCCUGGUUCUGAGCUGCUUUUGCCUGCCACAGUGAGUGUGGACAGUGAGGAAGUCAUUUGGGUCCGUGGCACCCUGGUUCACACCACCAGUGAUUCUGACUCUGAAGAUGGAGGCCAGGAGGCAGAAGAAGGAAGUAGCCUUGAUAACCAAAAGCCCACCACUGCUAUUUUAUGUGAACCUUCUCAAGAGCCCAAAGACAGAGCAGGGGAUUCCGAAGAAAAUCCUGAUGCUGGGAACACUGAUGAUGCAGAACUCUGUGCUGAAGAGUCUGAAAGAACGUUACCUGAGACAAAUAGCAAACUGGAACCUGGUGGUGAUGGUAGCCUUCCGGCAGAGCACAGCCCCAGGCAGGGCCAGACUGCGAAAGAGGGGCCUCAAAUCCAACCCGCAGCAACAGACCAGACUGUAGGUGUCCUCGAGAGCACUGUUUCCAAAAGAGAAGCUCCCGGAGAGAAGUCCUUCCAGCUUCCAGCUUUCUUCAGUGGCCUCCGUGUGCUGAAGAAGGGGACUACCACAGAGGCAGGGGAGACCAUCACUGAAAUCAAACCCAAGGACGGGGACCUAGCUUUGCUCAAGUUGACCCAGCCUGUUCAGAAGUCUCUGGUACAGGGAUGCCCACAGACAGUGAAGAGCCAGGGUAAAGCAACUGAUCCGAAGGCCACACCCACUCUUUUGGAGCAGUUAUCUCAGCUGCUCAACAUUGACAUGCCAAGAACUGAACCGAAAGAAGCGGACCCCGAGUUUCACGGUGCGGAUGAGAUGGGUUAUAGUACUGACCAGGAGAGCCAUAAGAGCCCUGGAGAUGCCCACGUCCAGGGUGGUCAGGUGAAGGCCAAGCCACCAGAGACUGCCCUGGAGGCUUUUAAGGCCUUAUUCAUCCGACCCCCUAAAAAGGGGAGCACGGCUGACACCUCUGAGCUGGAAGCUCUUAAACGAAAGAUGAGGCAUGAGAAGGAAUCACUCCGCGCUGUGUUCGAGAGGUCUAAGUCGCGGCCGGCAGACAGCCCUUCUGAUCCCAAAAGCCCUGACCAGAGCCCCACAGAGCAGGACGACAGAACUCCAGGCAGACUCCAAGCUGUCUGGCCACCCCCAAAGACAAAGGACGCAGAAGAAAAAGUGGGACUGAAGUACACUGAAGCAGAAUACCAGGCUGCUAUCCUACAUCUGAAGAGGGAGCACAAAGAAGAAAUUGAAAACCUGCAGGCACAGUUUGAACUCAAGACAUUUCACAUCCGGGGUGAGCAUGCAUUAGUAACAGCAAGACUUGAAGAAACGAUUGAAAAUUUCAAGCAACAGUUAGAAAAGCGUCGGGGAGGAUGUGAGGAGAUGAGAGAUGUAUGUGUUUCCACGGAUGAUGACUGCUCUCCAAAGGCCUUCAGAAACGUGUGCAUCCAGACAGACAGAGAGACCUUCCUCAAGCCCUGUGAUGCUGAAAGCAAAACAACCAGAAGCAGCCAGAUAGUACCCAAGAAGCUGAAUAUCUCCUUAACCCAGCUCUCUCCCUCAAAAGACAGCAAAGACAUCUAUGCCCCAGUCCAGACAAGAGAAAGCAUCUCCUCAUCUAGUCAGCAGAAGAUAUCCCCUCCAACUCCUCCCACACCACCACCACUCCCUCCGCCUCCCAUUCCUCCACCUCCGCCUCUCCCACCUGGACUUGGACCUUUGCCACCAGCACCACCCAUAUCACCUGUGAGUGCUGGGUCACCACUGCCACCUCCUCCACCUCCUCCUCCGCCUCCCCUGCCUCCAAGUGCUGGACCACCCCCACCUCCUCCUCCACCACCACUUCCUAACAUCCCAGCUCUUCCUAACAGUGGAGGCCCUCCUCCUCCUCCCCCUCCUCCUCCCCCGCCAGGACUUACACCCCCACCUCCUCCUGGACUAUCCUGUGGACUCAGCUCUUCUUCCUACCAAUGUCCUCGUAAACCAGCCAUUGAGCCCAGCUGUCCUAUGAAACCUUUGUAUUGGACUAGAAUACAAAUAAAUGAUAAGAGCCAAGACGCCACACCAACUUUAUGGGACUCCUUAGAAGAACCUCAUAUUAGGGACACAAGUGAAUUUGAAUAUUUAUUCUCCAAGGACACAACUCAACAGAAGAAAAAACCCCUGUCAGAGGCCUACGAGAAGAAGAACAAAGUCAAAAAGAUCAUCAAGUUAUUGGAUGGAAAGCGAUCUCAAACUGUGGGAAUCUUGAUAUCUAGUUUGCAUCUAGAAAUGAAGGAUAUUCAACAGGCCAUAUUUAACGUGGAUGACUCCGUGGUUGACCUGGAAACCUUAGCAGCCUUAUAUGAAAAUCGAGCCCAAGAGGAUGAACUGACUAAAAUAAGAAAGUACUAUGAGACAUCCAAAGAAGAAGACUUGAAACUUCUGGACAAACCUGAACAAUUUUUGCAUGAGUUAGCCCAGAUUCCUAACUUUGCUGAGCGUGCCCAGUGCAUAAUCUUCAGGGCUAUAUUUUCUGAGGGUAUCACAUCCUUACAUCGAAAAGUAGAAAUUGUCACAAGAGCCUCCAAGGGCUUGUUGCACAUGAAGAGUGUGAAGGAUAUCUUAGCUCUCAUUCUGGCUUUUGGAAAUUAUAUGAAUGGAGGAAACAGGACGCGAGGACAAGCAGAUGGAUAUAGUUUAGAAAUUCUGCCCAAACUCAAAGACGUCAAAAGCCGGGAUAAUGGGAUGAGUCUGGUGGACUAUGUUGUGAAGUACUACCUGCGACACUAUGAUCAGGAAGCUGGAACGGACAAGAGUGUUUUCCCACUGCCUGAACCACAGGAUUUCUUCCUGGCCUCCCAAGUCAAAUUUGAAGACCUCAUAAAGGAUUUGAGAAAACUAAAGCGUCAACUAGAAGCAAGUGAGCAACAGAUGAAGCUGGUGUGUAUGGAGUCCCCAAAGGAGUACUUGCAGCCUUUCAAGGACAAACUGGAGGAGUUCUUCAAGAAAGCCAAAAAAGAGCACAAGACGGAAGAAAGUCACUUGGAGAAUGCACAGAAAAGUUUUGAAACAACAGUGGGAUAUUUUGGAAUGAAGCCAAAGACUGGAGAGAAGGAGGUCACCCCCAGCUAUGUGUUUAUGGUGUGGUUUGAGUUCUGCAGCGACUUCAAGACCAUUUGGAAGCGAGAGAGUAAGAACAUAUCUAAAGAAAGAUUGAAAAUGGCUCAGGCAUCCGUCAGCAAACUGACAUCAGAGAAGAAAGUGGAGACAAAGAAAAUCAAUCCCACCGCUAGUCUGAAAGAAAGACUGCGUCAGAAGGAAGCCAGCGUGGCCACCAACUAAGAUGAAAAUGGAAGGGAGCUACAGCGUGAGAGGCAGCGCCUCAAUGCUCCUGCAGACAUGAGGGCCACGGGACUUCCUGAAAAAUCAGUUAGGGACAUUUGCUCAUUUCCUUCUGAGGACAUCUGCAGAAAGUGCCCUGUGCCUUCUUUGAGAAGUCUCUUGUCAAUCCACAGAAACAAUGCAAAGCUAUGUAUGGGAAUACUACAGGAAUAUUUAAUUGCUUCUUACAGAAGUCCGAAGUCCACCCGAUAAUAAGAUCAGAAGAUAUUUCAUUCUUUUCACAUUUUAUUUAAAGUAGAAAUUCUAAGCCUUCCAGUGUAUGACCUUGUCAUGGAAAAAGGUACACUUUUUAUGGCGAUCCCCAAGAGAACCUUAUUACUCACACACUACAGUUUUUUGUAUUGAUCUUAAUUUUUAUCCUGUUAUACUAAGAUCCUAUCGCAUUUUUACCAAAAAAAUUGAAACUUACCAGAACUGUUUUGUUGAAGAGUUUUAAUACUGUGUAUCUCCAAGACUAGGGAGAUGAUUUUUGAGAAGGAUGAUGAUAAUGAUAAUGAUGAUGGUGGUGGUGGUAGUGGUCAUGGUGGUGGUGAUGAUGAUGAUGAUGACGACGACAAUGACGAUGAUAUAAUGACAUGGAAAGGCUAGAAAUGUCACAUGGGUGGAGAGAGAAUAAUAAUCAUAAGUCUUAAUCGGGAGAAGAAGUUAUGAUGCUGGAAUUGAACAUCAGCUAUUGAGAUAGGCCCACUCAGUUAAUAUGGCUUCCUGGCCAGUAGCGAUUCAGUACCAACUUCAAAUAGAAAUGGGGUGAGGACAGACUUGGAUCAAGAGUACCCACUUGUGUGAGAGACCAUGAGGCUUCUGAUCCAGAGUGUACAGCAAAUGAAUGCUGUGGAGACAUGCAGAUGAUGUCUACACUGCAUUCUACAAUUUGUAUCCUGGUCUCUCCAACCACCUGCAUCAAUUUCUAGACAGGAGAGCAAAUGCCACUGUCCCCUUUUAUGGUGACCUUGUCAUAUGAGCACCUGAAAGAAGGUAGCCAGGGGACAUUUGUUGUCCAAAAAAGGUAUGAGCAGAAAAGAGAAUUAUUCUGCAACAACAAAUGCUUAUGUUGACAUUAACCUGCGAAUGAACCAUCAGCGCAAGGUGGUGUCUUCUAACUCUUGCCCUUAGUCACAGAGAAAGCCACCUUGCCCCCUUUCCCUCCACUAUGUCAACUUCCCAGGUGAGAGAACAAGAAAGAGGACUGGGCAUAAACUCAGGAUUGCAUUGAAGACUGUGGUUUUUCAGCUGCGAUAUAAUGAAAGACCGUGCUUUCGUGUUGUUGAAGACAGUCUAGAGUUGCUCAGUAUCUUGUAAGUUUUGCUGAUCGGGAGACUGUUGGCUGCCAUGUGGGCUCCACCUCUUGCCUCAGCAAUUUUUGAGAACUUGCCAGAUCCCUUCAGUGUCUUCCCAGAAUCUGCCCACCAAUCGUCAGUCCCCCACCCCGCACUCAGGGACACUCUGAUAAUAGACACAAGCUAAGGAAAGCCUGACUGUAGUCUGACAUAGUGCAAACCUGGUGAAGCAAGAGUAGCUGGCAUCUUAGUCACUGAGGCCAUCUUCAUACAACCGCUAGCUGUCUUUCUGUGGCUCAAAGGAAAGAUCUGUGGUCACAUGGUUUGUUUUCCUCAAAAUGAAGAGACAGGACAAAAGAGACACUCAAAUAUGGACCUUAGCACAGCUAGAAUGGCGUGACUUCACUGUUCUUUUCCUGUAGCUUUUUAGUGUUGUUUCUCCUCAGUUUCAUUGUGACGACGAGCAAGAGACUUAAUCAGCAAGGCAAACCCCACUUGCAGACAUCCUUUACACUGUGGUGCCCCUGUUGAUACUGAAGUACAAAAGAGAAAUGCAGUUUUGUUUAUGGCACAGAAAUCAUCUCAGCAUUCUGUGAGAUCUGCAUAAGCCUAGAUGUGCAAUGGAUGCUGUGGGUAGAGUGAGUAGAAACAGAUGCUACCUCAGGUCUCUAAGAUGCUCAUGCAUCAACACAGGCAACACUGUCUCUCUUCCUUGGUCCUUCAGGACAAUAGCUGUCCGGACAGGCUGUCAGGAAGUAGACCAUACUAUAGCAUGUUAGGGUUGGGGAUCUCUUUGUUUCCUAACAUCCUGACUCUAUUUUGUAUUACUUACCUUGCCUGUUAAAAAAGUCAAAGAUAAAACCAGUUGGGUUAAGGAUGCUGCAGAGAUGGCUCAACACUUAGGAGUACAAAGUGUUCUUGUAGAUGGCGUGAGUUUGGAUUCUAGUGCCCAUGCUGAAUGGCUCACAAUCACCCAUAACUCUAUAUUGGGGAGUCUGACAUCCUCCACUGUACUCCAUGGUCACCUGCACUCACAUGCACAGAUACAAGCACAGUCAUCAUACAUGUCCUCACACAAAGACAUAUACAUGUGCACAUAAUUAAAAAAUAAAAAUGAAUCUUAAAAAAACAAGUGGAUACAUGGUAUGGCAAGAUAAAUGAGGGGAAAAAAAAACUAAAAAUAUACUUUUGUCCCAAAUAUCGUAUUUUACAAAGUAGUUUAAAUUGUGUUAAAGAUCACUAGAAAAAAGUAUACAUUUUCUUUGAUUUUUAUUUUCAUUUUCCUUUGACAGAACUUAUCAAAGGAAAAAAAAGAUCAUGGGAAAGCCUCUGUUUCCAUAGAUUUAGUAAUAUACAAACAAGUUUAAUUAUUGAAUCACAAAACAGGGACACAUUAUCAAAUCCAAAGUGGUAACAGUGCUAAAUAAGCAUGUAUGAAAUUAAAUGGUCAUGAUGGCCAGUGGGCAGAGACAAAGAGUUUACCAUCUCUGCCUGAGACUUCAGUUUAUUCCAGGCCAUUUUUACUAUGGAUUUUCAAGAGUUUAGGAUUGUCUUGGGAAACUUAAUCUAGAAAAAGACAUUUAGAGAAUGAUGUGAUGUUCUGGGGUUGCAUGCAUCUGUGUUCUUCCUAUGAAGUCUCCUUAAGGGGAGUUUAUAAGUGAGCAGAAUAUCAGAAGACCAUGAAGGCAAUUCAUAGUUGAGCUGUGCUGGCUUAAGGGAUGCUGCAGCUAAGCAGGGUGGACUUGUAAAGCAAUGAACUUUCAGGAAUGUCAGCUACUUCAUCUGCAUAAGGAAAUCCAAAAUGCAGGUGAGGUGAGUCUGUUCCCCAACUGAUAAGGCUGUAAAAGAAUGGAUUAAUUUUUAGCUCUCACAAAAUACAAAUAACCUUGGAAACAUCACCAUCUUCUAACUAUAUAAAGAGACAAUCCAGCUGCUCAGAAGCUGUGACCAGUACAGAACUGACUUCUGUACUGAAAAGCACCUCCAAAAACUCAACUCAGUAUCCCUUCCCCCAUGGACUUAACCCAAGUGUUCUUAAUGCUGGUGGCAAUUGGAUCCAGGCACAACCAGACUUAGUUACAGAGCUGUAUGUGACCAAGAGGCACAUUUCGUGUCACCCCUGUUUUCCUGUCAGCUGUUGACACCUUGUUAGGAACUCUCAUUAUUACUUUCUUCAUUCUACACAUCCCUCCUCAAGGAUGGGCAAUCUACCAAACUCCCCCAACAUAACGCUUUGCCAGGAAGUGGUGAAUUUAAAAGUUGAAGCAUGUUUCAUGUGAAGCCAGUUCAGCAGCCUUAUUUAUUUCAAGACAAUGCCUUCUAUCACAUUGUGGGAGUUUGAAUACUUAACAGCUUCCUUGGAAACAUGAAGACAUUAACAUGCUAGCUCAUUGACUUUGUCUCUUCAGUUGUCAUCAGGUUUCUACCAAAAGAAUACUAGAAAAACGAAAGAAGCCAUAUGCUGUCCUUAAGCAGAACAUACUGGUCUACCUUCCCCACUCCAUCACAGCCCAACUCCAAAUACCCUAUGGCUGACCAGCUUCACUGAGGCCCUUUUAUUUCUCCGCUUUUCUCUUUUCUCAUUGGAGCCCAUGGGAACCCUACAUUUAUCCCAUAUUUUUUCUGUCAACUUCUUGGUCUGAAGGAGACUGAGCUAACCUCAGCUUGCUUGGUUGGUUGCUUGCUUGCCCUUAAGGAACAGAUGAAGCCUACAUACUCCAUACAGUAUACUUCAUACUGCAAGCUCCAUCUGUCCUCAGAUAAUUAUCUGACUUUUUUUAGUCUUAAGUAUACAGGGAAUCCCCUGGAGGCUGAUCCAACUGUCUCUGUGGUUCCACAGUAUUUUUCAUGGUUCAUGUGAAACGUGAUAGCACUGGGCUGCCAAAGCACAAAUGAGUCAGUAUGCUUGGGCAGAAAUGAGCAUCCCAAGGAUUUGACAGGGAAUAAACAGGCUCUAGCACAUUAAGGGUGUGACUUAGGCUGAGUGUUACCUUAAAAUGCCUUGUGCUCUCCACAUCUAAAGCAAUAAAAGAGUCUUAGAGAGAAUACUCAUCUAAUAAAUGGUGUGAAUUUCCAAUGUGUUAUCUUAUAUCAAGUAUGAAAUCAAGUAUAUAUCAGCAGAGGUUUACCAAAGUCAUACCUGCCCUCCUCCACUAUUCCUUUCCAGAGUUUUCUUCAACUUUCAUCUUAUAAAGCCAGGUAUUUUUAAUUGUUCAUCUGGCUUUCCUAGUCCAUAUUUCUCAAACAAAACACCAGCCCCAUAGACCCUUGAGCACCCAGGGAGGUUACUUGGCCUCCCCAUAGCAUCACUAAUAGAUGUUCAAAAAUGAGCAAUUCUGGGAAUCCAUGGAGUGGGGUUUAAGGUAAUUAAUAUCUAUGGUUAUAUUAAAAGGAGCAGUCAUCAUAUACAAAUUGUACUGCUUUUCCAUUGAAUGGAAAAGACAUUUAGUAUACAUUGUAGAUAUGUUUCAUGAACUACAAAUACCUUUUUCCCUCUUUUUAAAAAAAGAUAUACUCAUUUUUAAAUUUUAUGUGUAUGAUUGUUUGCCUACAUGUAUGUAUGUGCACCACCUGUGUGCCUGAUGUCCUUAGAAGCCAGGAGGAGGCUGUUGAAUCUCCUGGGCCUGGAGUUCCAAACAGUUGUGAGCCACCAUGUGAGUGCUAGGACCUAGCCUGGAUCCUCUGCAAGAGCAACAAGUACUGCUAACCCCUGGACCAUUUCUUCAGCCCCCUUUCCCUAUCAUAUAGCCCUAGAUAUAACCUAAGUUUUUCAUGUCUGACCAUCAGUCUCUAGUGGUUCUACACAGAUUUUGGAAGGCAUUCACUACUCUUGGAAACAAACCCAUGAAUGAAGAAGAAACUCUUAAAGUGUUUUGUCUGCAGUGAUUCAAAGAGGAUUUGUGGGGAAGAAAACUAAAGACAUGGGUUUCUUCCAAGAAUCAUUAAUUUUUCUAAUUCUACUAUUUUUCAACUUGCUGAAAUACAAAUACUAUGCCCCUCCUGUCCUACUUACCUCUUGGUGUAUAAGGUCUUUAAGGAAUACGUGCUUUUAGAAAAAAGGAUUUCCCUUUAAGGGAGCAAUCUAAGAUACUCUCUGAAAGGCAGAAAGUUUACAAAUUAGACACUGGGUAUUUUAAAGAACCUUUAGUGGAAGCAUGUCAUCAAUUCAUCACAGGCUUUUCCUGUCUUUGAAUUAUAAUCCAGACUAGUGUGGGAAGCAGUCUCCCUGGACUUUGAUUUAGGGAUCGUGUUUUGGCCUGGAAAAUAAGCAUUGGCCUGCAUGUUAGAAGCUCCCUGAAAUCAGUUAGCAUCCUAAUAUAAGUCAGAUGCAGCAGAAACGUAAGGCACUUCAAGUCAUUUAUGGUUUGGCUUGGUUUGGCCUUAGCACCACCUGGGAUCACAAAGUCUCCUUCCUAAGAUUCAUGACACUUUUGUAGUGUUUCCUGUCCACCUUUUGAGACAGAGGGAAAACAGGAAAUAGGAGAGAAGAAAGAGUAAACAAAUUCAGUACGGUGUUUUGUACAACUUUUGCUAUGAUAGUACCAGGGGCAGGUUUUAAUAGAAAUUGAAGCCAUUUGUUUUAGGAAAAUAGGAGAAUCCACAUAUUAUUAUAACUCCAUGACAGACUCUGUGCUACAAAGGCAGGUAUUCCAAUGACACUGGCCUAUGCUUAGUUGAGUAGCUUCCAGCUUCAGAUUCUGUUACAAGUGUCACUUGCCCAAGAACUUUACUGUUCGUUCUAAGUAUCCCAGCACCUGGUGUCAUCCAGCUUUCCUCCAUCCAUACUUUGUCUUCAGCUUUCCCUUCCCUCAUAUAUCACAGCCCUUCUCUCCUGAAGAGACCUUUGCAGCUUCUCCUGGACCCAGAAACCCUUUACUUCUGCAGCAUAGACACCAAAUGUCCCAUAGUCCUCUCACACCCUGUGCUCCAGCCUUCAGUGUUUGGACAGAGCACCACUGUCACCAAGGAGCCUGUAUGAGACACACUGCUGUGACUGCCUCUUGUUAAUGUCACCAUCACCUCAUCACUCAGGCAAAGAGGGGAAAAUCCAUAAAAGAGGUGGAAAAUGCAUUUCAUUUUUUUCAUUUUGUUCUACUUUAUUAAAAAAGGUUGGGUGUUCUAGUUCUUGGUUUCUCAUAGAUUUUUAAACUCUCUAAUUAGAGAGCACUUUUGAUCCGUUGCAGCAGGUCACCAACCAUGACAAGGCAUGAUCUAGGACGCUCAGCUUCCUGCGCUGCUGAACACAUUGACCUCUGUGCAAACAUUUUGAAUUGUAAGACUUCUUAUUGCCACUCCAUUCUUGCUAUUGCUCAUGACUCAAAUGUCUACCACAAUCUGAAUUGGGAUGUUGACAUUUUGUGGUUAUUUUCAGAUUAAUAGUAACUGUUAUGCUCUUAAAAGCACUCAUAGAAAGUGUAAGCAUGUCCUGAAUAGUUUACUAUUCUGUCAUGGUAAAACAGAGCCUUUCUGUUCAAAUAUUAGGCCAAUCUGUAGGUGGAAAAUUAACCAAUAAAAUAAAGACAGCUUUGGAAAGGAGAAGGCACUCUAAAAACAUGAAACCUUGUAUUACAUGCUCUUGGAUGUUUUUAAGCAUAAUAAGUUAACUGGAUUUGGGUAUAUUGCCUUUAAGUUAAAAAUAAUAUGUAUUUCUAAUUUGCAUAUUUAAUUUUGUCAACACUGAGAAAUGUUCAUGGAUUGAAUUUGUAAAUGUAAUUUGCAACCAAAUGAAGUAUUUAUUUUUAAAAAGCAAAGGUGGAGGAACCAAUAUCAACUUGUACAUAAUGAAAAUAUGCAUGUAUAUAUAUUUUUCCUUCUUGACCCUACUUGAUCAUUAUAUCAAGUGUAUUUUUGUACAUAAUAUAUAUUGGUUAGAAAAAUUUAGAUUGUCUAUUGAAAGAAAUUCUAUCUCUGUGAUAGAUUAUAUUUAUCCUAAUCUAUUGAUAUUCUGUUGAUUUGUUUUAAGAGAUAGAACUCUAUUUUUUUGAACUCCCAGAGAAAUGCAUUCAUGGCUUCUACUUGUAAAUAU